UGUGUCUUUGUUACGACAUGGACCGCCGAAUCAGAAGGUCAUCAUCAAAAGCAGAGUCAAGCUAUCUCCGGUACCUCAAGCCAGGUGCUCUGGCUCAACUGAGAGACUCACGAAUCAACGCCAAGACACACAGACUCGACUCGAAAGAUCGAUGGUUUGCCUUGCUUUUCCGGGAGGAUCUACGGCGGACCACGAUGCCUCCAGAGGAAGAAGCUUGUGGCCGCCAAGUCUGUGUUCUUUCUGAGCUCUAAUCCUUCAAGUCCGACCUCUGACUUGCCCGAUCCAAUUAUUGAUGUGUUCGGUGCUGAUAUUCUUGUGGCUCAUUGAAUGAACUUGAUCAAUCAGUGAUAGGACUUUUUUUCUUUAUUAUUACUAGAUUAAUUUCUAUUACAG